UCAGAUACUGUGUGUGUGUGUGUGUGUGUGUGUGUGAGAGAGAGUGUGGUUAGACACAAGAGAUGAGACGCAGGAGGGCGAAGAGAAGAACAGAAGAAGAAAAGAACAUACGAAGAACAGAAGAGAAGUAGAAGAAGAGAAGAAGUUGUGAACGAAUCAGACGACGCAUCUCGUCUGACGUUCCAUCAUUGUCUUCGUCGUCAUCAUCAUCGCGUCAGGUGGAACAUGGCGUCCGGGUUCUGCUUCUGUUGGAUUCACCUUCUGACCUUGGUUCUGUCCUCGUCGCUCUCGGCUUCUCCUCCACGUUACACUCUCCACCGCACCAGGCUCAGCUUCGACCGGGCUUCGGAGGUCUGUUCCCCCGGGGUCCUCGCCACGCUCGCCACCGAGCAGGAGGUCGCUGACGUCCUCCGGCUCGUCUCCAGGUCGUUGCCGCCUCAGAACGAAUUCUCCUUCUGGGUCGGGCUGAAGAAACCCAAAAACAAGUGUGUCGUCCCCACGCUGCCGCUGAGAGGCUUCAGGUGGACGGAGGACGACAGUGAGGAGUCGCAGGUGAUUCUCUGGGCGAAGGAGCCACAGGACACCUGCACCACGGUCCGCUGCGCUGCCCUACAGGGCCGAGUCCACGGGUCCACAGUCCAAAGGUGGGGUCUGGUUCCAGUCACCUGUCGGAACACUUCCGUUCAUCAGUUCAUCUGUAAACUGAGAGACAGACGGAUGGGACCCACCUCUGAAGACAGAGUGACCCCUGAUACACCUGCUGCACCGGAACCAGUCACAGCUGGACCUGGACCAGCAGCACCAGAACCACCUCAACCUGCUAAACCUGGACCUGGACCAGCAGGACCAGAAACACCCAAACCUGGAUCAGCAGCACCAGAACCACCUCAACCUGCUAAACCUGGACCUGGACCAGCAGGACCAGAAACUUCCAAACCUGAACAGGAACCAGCAGGGCCAGAACCUUCUACACCUGAACAGGAACCAGCAGGGCCAGAAACACCCAAACCUGGAUCAGCAGCACCAGAACCACCUCAACCUGCUAAACCUGGACCUGGAUCAGCAGGGCCAGAAACUUCCAAACCUGAUCAGGAACCGCCAGGGCCAGAACCACCUAAACAUGAACCUGAACUUCCUGUGCGAGGACCAGAAGUAGAAACUGAUCAGAAACCUAAACUGCAGGUACCGGACCCUGGACCUGACCCUGGACUGGACUCUGGACCAGGGGUCGAGUCAGACUUGUGUAAGCGCCCUUUCGUCCUCGGGGCCCGUUAUCUCCGACCGGACCCAGACAACAGCAGCAGACUCCAGGUGGAGUGCUGGUCCACCGUCCAGCUGGAGCUCCACUGUCGGGGUCGUCCCGCCGCCUGGCAUCUGCUGGACGACUCGCUCGCCAACUUCACCUCCGUCUGCCAACUCUGCAGUGAUGGCUUCACGAAGGACGUGUCGGCCAACUGCGUGGACAUCGACGAGUGCAGCGGCGCCCCCUGCAGGCGCACUUGUGUGAACACAGAGGGCUCGUUCAGGUGCGUCUGCUCUGACGAGAACGGGAAACAGCACGACGAGGGCUCGGCGGCGUGCUCCCUCACGGUCACGGUCGACGAUGCCGGCGUCCUGGUCCCGGUGCUGGUUGCCGUGGCGGUGCUGGUGGUGCUAGUGGUGGUCGUCGCGGUGACGGUGAAGUGUUGCCUGAUAAGACGGACGAAGAGACGAGCAGUGAAGAAGAAGUCGGAGAAGAUGGCGAUGAAGGAUUCCUUCGCAACAGCCAAUGAGAGGACGGCAACAUGAGCAGGCAGAGCUGUGAUUGGUUGAAGAUGAAAUGAUCGUCUCCAAACUGAAAUCAGCUUUUACACUGGAAACUGGAUCCGGACCAGGUUCUUGUCUGAACCCGACUGGAUCCAGACCGGGUUCUGGUCUGAGCCCAACCCGCUUCUGGCUUUCGGAGGUUUCGACUUGUUUCUCUCUCCUUUAGUUUUGACUCUCGGACUCAAUGCUGCAGAAAAAACUGAAGAUUUAAGAAAUCUUUUACGUGUAAUCGAUUCAAUAUUCAAUAUAAUUAAUUUAAUCAAUAUGUAGUUCCAUUGAAAGAUUCAUUUUCUGAAGAGUGAAGAUGAAUCAAUUGGAACAUUUAUUUAAAAUGACUUUGAUUAAUCGAAUCAAUAAAUCGAUUGUAAAUUGUUUUAAAAUUUCCACGAAGUUUGAGAUGUUUCAUCUUUCAGCAAAAAGAAAGUGACCUCAUAACUUUAUUCAAAUCAAAAUUUGUUCAUAUAAAAACUUUUUAUAUUUUGUAAAUCUGUACUUUUUGGUCAAUAAAGAAUUUUGUCGUUUUAAA